AGAACACGCGAGCACGCAUCCGGCGUAACGACAUCUUGUACAUCGAACCGUCGUUAUUUUAACACGCAACCAUUAUCUUUUCCAAGGUACGUAGGGAGGGAGCAAAAAUCCGACUCUUUGAAAAUAUCGUCGAACAAUGGGGACAACAAAGAAUCCAAGGAAACCAAGGAAACCAAGGAAAUCAAGGAAACCAAGGAAAUGAAGGAAACCAAGGAAAUGAAGGAAAGCAAGGAAUUGAAGGAAUCGAAAGAAUCGAAGGAGACCGAGAAGAAGAAAGGUUCCAAGGACGUGAGGUUGAUGUCGAAUCUUCCUAACGACACGGCGGUACACUUUGGAAGUUUUUAUGGCGUCGAAGGAAACGUGAAUAAACCACGAACGACUAAAGUGAAGAAUUCCAUGGAUUCUAUUAAUUUAUCGUACAAAUCGAUACCGAGAUUGGAAUUCACUAGGCAAAUGGUCCAGAAACUGGAACGAACAGCUGGUACGGAGGACUAUGCGCGACAAGUGUCAGCCUUAUUGGAGGAGACGGUCGAACCGGCGCAUUUCAAACUGCAUUCUCUGCCAACCGAGAAUUCGAUUCCAGACGGGAGAUACAAUCCCACGGGAUUCCCGCUCUGGUACAAGGAACCUUAUAAAAUACCAUUCGCUUCGGACGAGAUUUACAAACUUUUAAAAGAGAAACUUGAUAACAUGGAAGGAAAAGCGAGAAAUAUCUUCGAGGAUGAAUCUCCGGAGAAAAGUUCGUUGGAAGAAUGGAGCGAAGACGAGCAAAUGGAGUAUGGUGAAAAUGACGACGACAUGAACGAUAUACUGAAAAGAGAAAAAUCGUCGAUGCACUUGUUGUCGAAUAAAUCGUCUUCUCUUACCGAGGCGAAGGACACGGAUUCGAAGGAAAGUAGUGAAAUUUCUUUGAAUGAGAAACCGAAUAAACCAACUUUGCCGCAUCAGCACUGAAGCGGUUUUAUGAACAUCUGAAAAAUAAACGAUUAAAUAUUAAUUGCAGAAAUAGAAUUUCCUGUAUACUUAUUAAGAAAUGCAAUUAGGAUAUAAAAUAGAACUUUCGGUUUGAUUCGAUCAGAAGAGGUUUUGUAAUGUUGUUCCUCGUUACGAGUAUUCAGAUUUUUCUGAAUGCGCAGAAAUAGGCUGUUAAUUAGUAUUUCACUAUUAACCAUUCUAUUUAUUACGAGGCAUAUAUCGCGAUUUGGAGAAUUCAUCUUGAUUCAUUUACGUUAAUUAGAAACCUUCGUUAUUAUUCGGUUGCACAUCCUGUAAUUAUAUACAAAAUUACAAUGGAUAUAAUUCUGUCAUGAAUUCAUUAAUUAAUGAUGAAAAGAUCUUGGAAAAGACGAGAAACUUGUAUUAGGUGACGAAUUACCGGAUAUUCUAUGUACUUCAUUUCCGUCUAUUCUGAUCUUUUCUGAUUCUAAUACGUUUUCUUAUGCAACAUUACAAUGUCAAUAAAUAUUCAUUAGUCGAUCUUAUAAAUAUCCAUCAAAAAAAAAAAAAAA